CGCAGCAAGAGGCCGAAAAAACCAUUCCACUUCAUCUAUCGAUCGCCUCGUCCUUGGCAAAUAAAUGUCUUCUGAUCUUUUGUAUCCUGAUUCUUAGUUUGUGACUCUAACUCUAACCACUUUCCAAUAUUGGACUUGAAUAUCGAGAUCCAUUCAACUCGAACCAUUCUCUUAUCCUACCUGCGCCCCGCGUCCACUCCCACGUCUUGUCUCGUCUCGUCUCGCCUUCGCCCAUCUCUGUGCACACUACCAUUUCAUCUUUGCAAUUGUCGCGACAAAACAUUCGCCAUUAUCUUCUCAUCUGUCUCUCAAUUUCAAUACAUACAGCGCUCUUUUGUUCGCCCAAGUCGUGUUGAACCAUCACUUGUUGCCAAACCGAUCUAUCAAAUCUCAACAUCAGUCAAUUCAUCACCUGGUUAAAUCGAAACGAUUCCACCAUGGACCCCUCACCGAGCUCAACCUCCCGCGAGCUCAAGGACACUCGCGCAACCAGCUCGACCAGCCUCAACAGUGCUGCUUCGGGCUCUUCGUCUACUCAUAAGCCACCUACUCUUUCUCAGCGAUCUCCUUCUGUAUCUAUAUCCGCUGGUUCUGGCCCAAGCUCCAUAUCCGCCCACCGCGCAAGCUUCGCUGAGGGCUUGCGCAAUGCGCCCUCAUCCCCACGCUCUCAACGGCACCCUUCUUUUACACAGGCCGCUCUCCAGGAGUUGUUGAACCAUCCUCCUGCAGGAAACAAGCAUGCCAACCCCAGAUUUGCCGGCCGUGAUUGGCGCGAUGUAGCUAUUGGAGAGCUUGUAUCUCCCGAUGAUGUCAAAUGGGUUGAGUUCGAUAGCAGCGUCGAGGAAGCUACCAAGCUCCUCCUCAAGAGCCCUACCAACGUUGUUCUGGUCCGCGAGGAUCCCUCCACUCAUAUCGCCGUUUCCACAUUCGAUUAUACCGAUUUGAACGCAUACCUACUCGUUGUCGUUGGUCUCGCCAAACCCGAAGAAGAUCAGGUUGAACUAUUCAAUUCGAUUCUGGCCAAGGCUCAGGAGGGUGGCCAGAUUCCUCUGCGAGACGUCUUCCCUCUUUUCCGCAAGGAAACACUCAUCACGUUGCCUGGUGACGAAAAGCUCGCACAGGCUAUUCAAAUUCUCGGCAGUGGCAUCCAUCGUCUGCUGGUGACAACUACUAGCGGCGAGGUGGUUGGUAUCGCAAGCCAACUUCGAAUUGUCGAGUUUUUCUGGAACGAGGGUGUCAACUUCCCUUCUAUCGAUCGACUUUACCCUACUUUGCUGCGUGAUCUGGGUGUUGGGGCCAAGGAGAUUGUUUCUGUCAACUCCGAUUCGCCCUUAUCUGAAGCACUGACGCUUAUGAAUAAUGAAGGCCUUACAAGCGUUGCUGUUGUUGAUAACGGUAUGAAUGUGGUGGGCAAUAUCUCGACCAAGGACGUCCGCCACUUAACCAAGAGUUCCAACGCCCAUUUACUCAAUUCGUCAUGCAUGAACUUCAUUUCUGUAAUUCUCAACGAGCGAGGAGUUGAACACGGACGCGACGUCUUUCCCGUAUUCUACGUGAACCCCUACUCGACUCUGGCCCACACCGUUGCCAAGCUCGUUGCUACUCGAUCGCAUCGAAUGUGGGUGGUUGAAUCGGCGUCACCAUCCCCUUCAGCUCCUGCAACACCUUUAAUGGGACCCCAAUCUUUCACGACCGCCGGUCCUCCACCUCCUGCGGCGCCCGUAUCGGCGCCUGCACCCCCAUCGCCUGUCCCGACUGCAGCAGUACCUGCUUCUCCAGUCCCUACAGCUGCUGUGCCCGCAUCCGCCAUGGCCGGGGCUCGUCUUUCAGGAAGACUUACUGGUGUUAUCUCGUUAACUGAUGUCCUCAACAUGUUUGCGAAAUCGACUGGUUUGCACCCUUCCGACCCCAACGAACAGCGAGCGAGACGAAGACGAAGCUCAAGCAGCUCGGUGCGACCAAGCCUGGACUCAUCUCGAGCUAGUAUCGAUUUCCGAAGGUGAUGGCAAUGGAGCUUAGCUAUGGAUAUCAUUAUGCAAGUCUUGCCAGGGAAGAUGCCAAGUAUGGUUGUCAUUUCCUUUCAAAGCACUGUCUGCUCAUAAUUCCGAAAGAGAAAAAAAGAAACAGGCUAUAUCAAAGGUACAAUAAGUUAGUUCAAUGGAACAGGGGCAGCUUCGGAUUAUUUAAACUUGCGAAUCAGGCAGUAUUCGCAAACUUCUUGUUGAUGCAUAUGUAUUCCAAUUGUUGAGCAUAAGCAGGAUUCAAGAUUUCCAUUCUCACUUUAUCUAGGGCCUGGUUAUUCAGAGGGAUGGAUGCAUCUGGCACAUAUGAACUUAGGAUGGACACAAUGUGAGAAGCAGAGAUAGAAAUUUGGCAAA